AUGAUUAGUUUUUAAAAAACUGUUAGUUUGACGAAGAGUGUAGGCAAAAUGUGUUUUAAAUUUUCGCUAGUAGCUUUAAUAGCUUUACUGGGUAGUGCUUCAUGUUUUCCCGAUGGUCGCGUGGUAAACGGUACUGCUUCAGAUGUGACUAAAUUUCCCUUUAUAGUGUCAUUGCGUGGUAGUACCGGCUCUCACUCUUGUGGCGGCAGUAUAAUUGCGCCACGUUGGAUAUUGACAGCUGCCCAUUGUGUGGAUGGUCGCACGGAAAAAGAUAUUACUGUUCAGUAUGGUACUACUAGAAUUAAUACCUAUGGUGAUAAUGUUGUUGCCGUCAAGCGUAUUGUUAUGCAUGAGGGUUACGAUGUAUCUAAAUCGUACGCCAAUGAUGUUGCUUUAUUGGAAUUGAGUCGCUCUGUGGUGUAUAAUUACAAGACAAUUGCCCCAGUUGGUUUGCCCGAUUCAUUCUUUGAAGUUCCCCAGAAUAGUAAAGGGGCUCCAGGUGUUUUAGCCGGUUGGGGUAGAGAUGCUACCGGCGGUUAUAUUCAAAGUGUUUUGCAGGAAGUAGACUUGAAAAUUUAUUCCGAUAAGGAGUGUAAUUCUAGACAUAAUGGUACCACAACUAUCCAUCAAAUCUGUGGAGGUGUUGAUGAGGGUGGUAAGGGUCAAUGUAAUGGCGAUUCUGGUGGUCCUUUGUUGUUCAAUGGCUCCGUACAGUUGGGUAUUGUUUCAUGGAGUGUUAAACCCUGCACUGUAGCACCUUAUCCUGGUGUUUAUACUAAAGUUUCUCAUUAUAUCGAUUGGAUUUACAACCAUAUGAAUUAAGUUUUAAUGGUUUAAUAAUAAAAUUAAAUAUUAUUAAAAUUAUUA